UUAUCCUCUCUCUCAGCGUCCCACCCCUCCCCCCUCCUUAGUAGCAGCUAUGGUCCUCGGAGCUCUUCACCCCUCCUCCUCCCCGCCGCGCCAUUCCUCUUCUCCCACGUGAUACAAAAGCCUACUGCGGAUCGAGCUCGGAGAAAGCGAAACCCUAAUCCUCUCCUUGUGCUCUGGUUCGUUGUUUUGGGUGUUCGUCUCCUCUUUGGUCGAGGAAUCGGAACCGAAGCGGAUCUCCGGCGGUUCUCGCUUCGGCCCGCCGGGUUCGGCGAUCGAUCGGAGCGCGCCAUUUUCGACCAGGACGAGCGAAGCUCAAUCUGCGUUGCGAUCUCCCGUUUCGAACCUUGAAUCGGCGAUCUUCUCGGAGAACCAGAGGUUUUGUGUUUGUCCUUUGCUGAUGCAAACUUUUUUUUUUCCCAGGAGGCUAAAUUUCGAGAGCAAUUAGGGUUUCUCAUACAUCGUACCCCCCUUUCAAUUAAAGAACAGUGAAAGGAAUCCUUUCCAAGGCCAUUGAGCUUGCCAUAGAUCACAUUGUCUUGGCGUUUCAGAGGUUUUGUGGGCAAUUAACUUCAUCAUUUAUCUUGGAGUAGUUUGAAGAUAAUUAAGCUGUUCCUGAAGACGAACGAUUAUGUCCAGGGUCUGUGCGAAGGAGAAAUCAUCUCCACUCACGGUUAGCACCAUUUCCAGUCUCUUCAAGUCCAGUGUAUGGGAAGUUCCCAUCUAGUGAGUACGGAGGGGGUUGUCCACAAAGGGCUGGCGGAACUAAACCGCCAUGUCCUAAAUGAACCGAAGGAAGUUAGGAAUGGUGUCGUCAGGGAGGGCCAUGGGCUCUCUGAAGAAGAUGAGUCAAGGAUUAAUGAGGUGGAAGAUAUGCAAUACGAUCAUGCUAGAGAUUCUGCAUUCCUAGCACAAGAGGGUGAUUCGCAGAAGCAGCAGAAAGGCCCAAUCAUACAGUGGGAGAGGUUUCUUCCUGUCAGAACGCUCAAGGUUUUACUUGUGGAGAAUGAUGAUUCUACCCGCCAUGUGGUCAGUGCCUUGCUCCGUAACUGUGGCUAUGAAGUUACUACUGCUACAAAUGGCUUACAAGCAUGGAAAAUCUUGGAGGAUUUGACAAAGCAUAUUGACCUUGUCUUGACCGAGGUGGUCAUGCCUUCUUUAUCUGGGCUUGGUCUUCUAAGCAAAAUCAUGAGCCACAAGACUUGCAAGAAUAUUCCAGUGAUUAUGAUGUCAUCAAGUGAUUCUAUGGGUACAGUGUUUAAAUGUUUAUCAAAAGGUGCAGUUGACUUUUUAGUGAAACCUAUCCGUAAGAAUGAGCUUAAAAACCUUUGGCAGCACGUUUGGAGGAGGUGUCAUAGUUCCAGCGGUAGUGGAAGUGAAAGUGGAAUUCAAACGCAGAAAUGUGCCAAUUCAAAGAGUGCUGAAGAGUCUGAUAAUAAUAGCGACAGCAAUGAUGACGAUGAUAAUGGGAGCAUUGGUUUGAAUGCAAGGGAUGGAAGUGAUAACGGAAGUGGAACUCAGAGUUCCUGGACAAAACGUGCUGUGGAUGUUGACAGUCCCCAACCUAUGUCUCCAUCAGAUCAGUUGGCAGAUCCACCUGAUAGCACUUGUGCACAAGUGAUUCACCCAAGACCUGAAAUAUUCUGUAACAAACAGCUGCCUCUGACUAGUAACAAAAGUUGCCGACGACAGAAAGACUUUGCUGAUGACUUCAUGGGAAAGGACUUAGAAAUCGGAAUGCCUGGAAACUCAGCUACAGAUUAUGAGUUAUACCAAACAGAGCAGGUUAAUUCCAAGCCAACAGGUGCAAUCUUUGAGAAAAUGCCUCCUGAGAGUGGCCAAAAGAGUGAGGGAGUGAUCGGACUUGAUGGCAGCAACACUUCCGACGAACCAAGAGCUCAAGCAGCUGAUCUGAUAGGUGUGAUGGCCAAUAACACGGAAGUUCAACAGGCAGCCAAAUAUGUCCCAAAUGGCUUCUCUAAGACCAUAGAUGGAAAAGGCAAAAGCACCGAUGGCUUUUUUGAAUUACCCUCCCUUGACUUGAGUCUAAGGAGGCUAAGAUCGGUUGGAGAUGGCAUAUCUCCAAACACGGACGAUCGCAACGUUCUACGACGAUCAGAUCUAUCAGCAUUUACAAGGUACCACAUGUCUGCUGCUUCGAAUCAAGCCCUGACUGGUUAUGGAGGAAGCUGUUCGCCACUCGAUAACAGCUCAGAGGCCGUGAAGACUGAGUCAACAUACAACAUGAUAUCCAAUUCAAAUGCCGCUCCAAUUAAGCAACGGUCCAAUGGUAGCAGUAACAAUAAUGAUAUGGGCUCCUCCACCAAGAAUGUAGUCACUAAGCCAUCAGCGGCUACAUACAAGGAAAAAAUAUCAUUACCAUCCGCAGUCAAGGUUGGUAUUCAAUAUACCUCUGCCGUCCACCCCAUGCAGUUCCGAGCCUCGGCUUCUCCUCAUGUUGUCCAAGACAAAGCUGAUGAGGCGAUGGCAGGUGGUGCGGUGGGAGGACAACAAAGGGAAGUACAGAAUCAGGUGCAGGUUCGACAUCACCAUCACCAUUACCACCACCAUCACCACCAUGUUCACAGUAUGCAGCAGCAGCAGCAGCAGCAGCCACUGGAUAAUGACUUGUCCCUUAAGAACAUAGCAGCAUCAGGCACCCAGUGUGGUACGUCAAAUGUGUUCACUGGUGGCUUAGUGGAAGGUCAUGCUGCGAAUUAUAGCUUAAACGGGAGCAACUCGGGAAGUAAUCAUGGGAGCAACGGGCAAAAUGCGAGCAACACUGCCGCAAAUGGUGGAGAAGGAAUGAACAUAGAGAGUGCUAAUGGAGCUGCAGAUAAAUGUGGGGGGGGUGGUGGGGCCAAUGGGAGUGGGAGUGGAAGUGGAAGCGGUGUGUACCAGAAUUGGCUUGCACAGAGAGAGGCUGCGUUGAACAAGUUCAGGCAGAAAAGGAAAGAGAGGAAUUUUGGGAAAAAGGUGCGCUAUCAGAGCAGGAAGAGGCUGGCCGAGCAGCGGCCACGUGUUCGUGGGCAAUUCGUACGCCAAACUGCACUUGAACAAAUGGGCCUGAAAGCGGAAAGAUGACGCAAUCUUUAAUUUCCAGAAUUGCUAUAUAUGCUUGCAAAAAGUACCAAUCAUAAGCAGGCAAUGGAUUCUGCUGCUUAGAGCAGCUCAUUCAUGAAUAGCACCUAGGAUUGAACUCGUGAGAAUACUAAAUAAUAGACCCACUUAAAAGUGUGUAUUAUGACUUCUUGAUGACUCCCCUAUGGAUAUUUCCUCACCCUCCAAAGGGUUGCAAUCAGCUGUACUAGUAAAUGUACACGGGUUGAUGCUGUUUGUAAUGGUUUGUGUUCUUCAGUUCUUCUGUUACUGUUAUCUUGUAUCACAGUAGCUUAUCAGUUAGCUAAUUAUUUGAUCUAUCA